AUGUAGGCCUGCGGAGGGAUCACCGCCACCCCCCGUUGGCGAAAUAUUACCCGACUGCCACCCCAGUAAAAUGUAAAAUCAUUGGGUCUAGUCUGACCACCCCGUUAUACACGGUCUGGCUACGUUCCUGUAUAGUGCGCUCGUUUUAAACUUAGGGCAGGUAGACACGCUGGCUCCCCCAGAGUGACCCCUCCCUGCAGGCUGCCAGGGACUGGUGGACCAGCUGUCCGAGGCGCACUUACAGUACAGUACGUGGGGAAAGUUGGGAUAUCAACGGGUCCGUCUAAUCUCGCUGCUGCGGUGUCGGGAACAUCUUUAAAGUUACUGCGAGGGUGUCCGGAGCCCCUUUAAACUCGCUGCUGUGGUGUCGGGAACAUCUUUAAAGUUACUGCGGAGUGAGGCUGUCUUUCAAGGUGAAGGUCUCCAGCGCUUCUCAGCUUCAAGUUUCAUCGUUUAUAAGUGGGUCGCCUGGCCAUGGCUGUGGAGCAGGAACUGCGACGGAGAGGCGGCAAGCAGCAGCUUUUGGGGCUCCUGGCCACGCUGGUGCUGGUGCUCCUGCCUGCCAUGGCGAGCGGGAAGGACGGCGUGCCACGGAUCAAGCUCAGCUACAAAGAGCUGUUGCAGUCCGGCAGUGGGGUCGCCUUCCAGGGCUCCGCUGAGGGGAUGGGCUCCCAAAGCUUGCUGCUGGAUGAGGAGAGGGGCCGGCUUCUCCUGGGAGCCAGGGACCACAUCUUCAUGCUGGAGCUGGAAAACCUGAACAGGAACAUCAGGAAGGUCAGCUGGCCUGCCUCGCGUGAGAGGGUGGAGCUGUGCAAAAUCGCCGGCAGGAAUGCCCAGUUGGAAUGUGCCAACUUCAUCCGUGUGCUUCACACCUACAACGCGACGCACGUGUACACCUGCGGCACGGGGGCCUUCCAGCCGCUCUGCACCUUCUUGGAGAUCGGAGGUCGCGAGCAGGAGGACGCAUUCUACCUGCACGUCAGCUCCGCCGAGUCCGGCCGGCUAAAGUGCCCCUUUGACCCCUGGCAGCCCUUCACCUCCGUCCUUACAGACCAGUACCUUUAUGCCGGAACGACGUCAGACUUCCUGGGAAGGGAUACAGCUUUCACCCGCUCCCUCGGACUCCACGACCGGCACUACAUCCGAACCGACGUGUCCAAGGACUACUGGCUGAACGGUACCGAGCUCCCUGCGCCGCUGUCCUGCCCUAAACCGAACACAUCGACAUCACACUUAUUUAUUUAGCAGGCACUCCUAUCCAAAGCAGGAUCAGACACAGACGAUUUCUUUGCUGUUUCCCAGAACGAUGUGGGUGGUUUGAGGAGCCUGACCAACAAAUGGACAACGUUCCUCAAAGCCCGGCUGGUGUGCUCCAUCCCCGGGCCCAGCGGGGUGGACACGCGCUUCGACCGGCUCCAGGACAUCUUCCUCCUCCCCACUCGAGACAGACGCAACCCCAUCGUCUAUGGUGUCUUCACCACCACCAGCUCUGUCUUCAAGGGUUCGGCGGUGUGCGUCUACAACAUGGCCGAGAUCCGAUCAGUGUUCAACGGACCCUACGCCCACAAAGAGGGACCUGAGCACCACUGGGUGGAAUACGAGGGCCGAAUUCCCUACCCGCGGCCCGGGACGUGUCCGAGUAAGACGUACGACCCCCGGAUAAAGAGCACAAAAGACUUCCCAGACGAAGUGAUUAGCUUCAUCAAACACCACCCCAGGAUGUACCGAGCUGUGUACCCCGUGUCCCGGGAGCCGGUGUUCACACGUGUCAACGUGGACUACAGGCUGACACAGAUCGCCGUGGACCGGGUCUUGGCUGCAGAUGGACAGUAUGCCGUCAUGUUUCUGGGGACAGACAUGGGGACGGUUCUGAAGGUGGUACCACUUACUCAGGACAACUGGGCCACAGAGGAGCUGGUUCUGGAGGAGCUGCAGGUGUUCCCGGCCCCCACACCGAUCCUGAACAUGGAAAUCUCCUCAAAGCAGCAGCAACUGUACAUCAGCUCCCGAGAUGGCCUUGUCCAAGUGUCCCUGCACCGCUGUCCCGUCUACGGACGGGCGUGUGCUGAAUGCUGCCUCGCCCGGGACCCGUACUGUGCCUGGGACGGCCACGCCUGCUCCACAUACAUCCCGGCAUCAAAGAGGAGAACGAGAAGACAGGAUAUUAAACACGGCGAUCCCUCCAGUCAGUGCUGGGAUGUCGAGGACAGGAGUGUGGUUUGCACCCUGGUCCAAAGGCAGCCCCCAGGUUCCUUUCACCAUGUCUGGAUGGCUGCCCUCUACCUGCUGACAGAUGGCCUCCGGAUGCCCGUGCAGCCGGACGACAGGGUGGUGCAGACGGACCUGGGCCUGAUCAUCCGGGACCUCCGACGGCGAGACGCAGGGGUGUACCACUGCGUGGCCCAGGAGCAGCACUUCGUCCGCACAGUCCUGCGGAUGGCACUGCGGAUACUCGACGGGACCCGGCUGGGCUCCGGAGACCCUCCUGCGGAGCCACCCCCACGAUACAAGGACUACCUGCAUCUGGCUGGGAGCCCGCUACCUGCCGUGGAGCGCUACUGCGAGCAGGUGUGGCUCCGGGACCGGAAACCGUGGCAUAGAGUGCCCUCUGCUGGCAAGUGGAAGCACCUGCAGGAGAAGAAGAAGAGCCGGAACCGGAGGCAGGGGGCAGAGUCCCAUCCCCGUUGGGUUCCCCAUGGGUCCUAAUGCUGCCUGCUCCGACGUUGUCCCUAGUAGGGUGUGUGAGGGCUGAGUCAGCAGGUGUUUGGCAGGAUGCCCCCCCCCGCCCCACCAUGCUGUACAGCUCUGCACAUUCACUUUGGCUAUGAAGGGCCUGCUGAUCAGGUUAUGGCUGUUUAGGUUGAUUUUUUUUUGUACAAAAUGCCUGUUGUUUUUUCUAUUGAGCAUUAUUUAUGCUGUUUUUUUUAGCUAGUUGACUGAAUAACGAUUGUUUAACUUUAAUUAUAAUUUUUUAAAAUUUCCAAUAAGGUAUGUUUUCGUAUUGUACAUAUAAAUUAAAAUGCCUUUUACAAUGUCCUGGUCCCCAUAAGGGAAAACUCAAUUUAAUAAAAAUCUGUUACUGCAAUGAAAAAAGU